AUGGCUGUAAUCUCAGAUAUAAGAAAGCCAAAGACACAUAAAGGGAAAAGAGUCUUAGAGCGAAGAGCUCCUAAAUUAGUAGAGAAUGAUAAAUGCACCCUUGUCAUAAAGGGUGGUCAUACAAGUGACGUUGUUAAUACGUUUCUCAAUGAUUUAUGCGCUUUGAAAAAACCACUUGUUUAUCGUUUAAAGUGGAAAAAUAGAGUCCUCCCCUUCGAAGAUUUAUCAUUUAUUGAGAAAAUGUGUAAUAAGUUCGACUGUUCAAUGUUUGUCGUUGGGAUGCAUUCCAAGAAAAGACCGCAUAACAUUAUUUUUGGAAGGCUGCAUGAUGGUGAGCUACUAGAUAUGUUUGAACUUGGCAUAAAAAUGUACAAACCGAUAUCGGAUUGUAAAGACAAAACUCUCAUAUAUGGAGCUAAGCCCAUGUUAUUAUUUUCUGGAGAGUUGUUCAACUUAGACACAAAACAUAUGACUUUAAAAUCUUUGUUAGUAGAUCUUUUCAAGGGCCCAACAGUUGAGAAGAUAAGAACAUUAGGUGUUGAACACCAGUUCCACUUUGUUUUGUCGUCAGACAAGAAUUUGUGUCUUCGCGUCCGGAAAAUUACCCUGUCAACAAAAGGCAAAAUAAACUCAACUGAACUCAAUGUUCCACCUCUAAAGUCUCCAGAUGGUAAAGUAGUUCAGAUUACACUUGAAGAUGCUACCCCAAGUGCUGACUUUGAUCUACGACGAGUAUCUUUGCCGUCCGAGGACAAAUGGAAACGAGCUCAUCGUGUACCCCCUGAAGUUAUGAAAGGUGACAAAACGCCUAAAAAUAAAUCUGUCGAUGUUUUCGGUAGCCGAAUAGGACGAGUUCAUGUUGGCAAGUCUUCUGAACUAGAGAAUUUACGACCUGGAUCUACCAUCCGAACUGCUCUGACCGGGCAUCGAAAACGUGGUUUUGAACGAAUAAAAUCUGGUGUUAGCAAAUCUAAAAAAACAUCAGUUCCUAGUGACCUUAGCGUUAGCAAACGGCGUAAACUGUUUACUGAUGCUUAA